AUGUCAAAUCCCAAUGCAAACAGCGACACGACUCUCCGUCACUCCGAUGACUAUCUCCGUUUCAAACGCUACGCCGCCAUCACUUUCGUUGUAGCCGCUCCAGUCCUGAUUGCUCUGCCUCCCCGGAAAUUAGAUCUUUACACCAUCUCUCUUGCUUCAGCAUUCCUCUUCUCCGCCAACCACGUAGUAGCCGACCAAACGGGCAGGAGCAUCAUGGAACGUCUAGACGCUCGUUUCGGGGGCAGAAAAGGACCCGGGAUGUUUAGCGAUCUACCUACCUCGCGAGCGGAGGAAGUUAGCCAACAGAUUCGCCUGGCUAGAGAAGCCGCCCGGCAGCCUGAACUACAGCGACAGCGCGCUCAACAAGGGGGCGAACAGGACAAAGGAGGACUGACGGAUCUUGGUAAAAAGGUAUGGAUGGGUGGGGAGACAGAAGGCUGGCGAGAGCGGAGGAUGGAAGAGGAGAGAAAGGCGCUGGAGGAAGGAAAGGGAUACGGCGAUUUGAUCAUGGAUCAUAUACGUGAUGCGAUUGGGAUGGAAAAGGACGGCAGCGAUCAGAGUUCUACGGAAAAGAAUGGAAAACCGUGA